CUCAGGAUAAACAUAGCAUUUCGGAAAACACCUCCAAGGAAAGGGUGUGUUAGUAAGGGCUGAUCUGUAGCCUGGAUCUCAUAACUUCUGAACCAGCUUGAUGUGGAGUAAAGGGAGUCAAAUGGCAGCCAGACAAACGAAAAGAAUAUUUGAUGAAUUAAGCGAAAAGUUCCUGAAAUGCUACGUUUGUGGAAAUCCAUUCGAUGAAAAUGAACACGUCCCUGUACACUACCUAUGUACACACUCGGCCUGCCAAGAUUGUGUGACUAGGCGAUUUGUGUCGGAUUCAGAUAACAACCUUUUUAAUAUAUGUCCAGUGUGUAAGCACGGUUACAGGUACAUUGCCCCAACAAUCCCCAGUUUUGAGCAUAAUUAUACUUUAAUUAGUAUCAAAAACUUCAUUUCUUCUAAAAAGAUUUGUGACAGGUGCUCUGACCAGAUAUCGGAAUUAUUCUGUAGAAAUUGUGACUUGAAUCUGUGUAGAACGUGCAGUGAUGAAACUCACGUCGGCAGAAACCUUAACCACGACAUGAAGUUCUCCAUACACGAGCGGAACGUCCCAGUAGAUGCCUGUCAGAUAUGUGAGAAGCAGUCAGCUAUUUACUGUCCAACGUGUAAUCUUUUCUUUUGUUUACCUUGCGGGGAUGUCCAACACAAUGACGAAUCGGUCGGCACUCAUGUAGUCCACAGGAUAAACCAAUAUAGCAUCCCACCGCUGGCACCUGAGGACGAGAGGAAUUUAGUCAUGCAAAAGCUGAAGGCAUUUGGUAUUUCAAUGAAGAAUGCCGUGUAUACCACCAUCGAAGGAUACAAACGACUGAUCUCGAAUAUACAGGUCUAUUUGCUCUAUCUUCUUACCUUCGUGACGUUAAAAAACGCACUCAUGAUUUCGUCAUUGAUCAUACUUCUCAUAGGAAUGUUCAUGAGCAGUUUUCCAGCUUACACCAUCCUACCCUUUGAGGAAGUCAAAGCUGUGAGUUUGGUUUGUCGCCGCGGUAAACAAGAAGGAGUCUACCAGCAGGAACCGCCGAUAAAAGUUAAGCAGCAUAGAAAUAUUUGUUCGUUUAACGUAUUUCACCACGACUUUCAAAAUAGACGGAGGACACAUUUGGUAGUCGACAUAAACGUUGAAGUAGGCAAAAAACCAUACUCUGUUGCUGGCGUCUUACAAAGGCUGUUAACAAUAAAACUGUUUGACCUAAACAGGGAGCACGAUAUAUAUAUCAAACAACGCAGCACGUACUGGUCUCUGUUUUGGUGUAGAACCCUCGCGAUGGAACUAGCUCUAUGUAUAAGUAAAGAUGAUUAUGAGAGAAAUGUUCGAGAGGAGCAGAAGAUAAUUAGCUCGGUUAAGAUAGGACAGAACUUUACGGUAUCUUUUCUCUUUGUAGUAGAUAAUGACAGAAAGACAAUGGAAAUAUCCUCACGUGCAGUAGAUUGGAAAGAUGAAGUUUUAUUGCACAAUUAUUACAGAACACAACAAUUACGAGUCUGGUUCUCCCUUGACGAUACAAAACCUGACAAGGGUAUAUCGGCCAGAAUAAGGAGUGGGUCAAAUAUUAUAAUCAAUGAUCUGCCGAAAGAGCAUGUGUUAACUUAUCUGGAUCACAUCAUCCGCCUGUUAUUGUAUCAAUUCCGCUACCUCUUUCAUCUCGUUGGUGUAGCUCUCUCGUGACUGAUUCAAACAGAAAAGUGACACUGUAUCCUAGAAUAUAUACUGCUAUCCAUAUGUUCCGAUACACUUUGCAGACAAUAUUUUGAAAUUCAGUAAAUAUUAUUAUACUAU